AUGCGGGUGGACGGCACGGGGGUGCCAGCCGGCAACCGGGCCUGUGCCCCCGACCCGAAUGGAACCGGGACCUCCUGGUUCCUCGGCAGCCACGUGGUCAACACCAACUGCUCGGCCGCGCACACCCGCCAGGCGCUCUGCUGCAAGAUGGCGGUGGAGUACGACCAGUUCAUCGAGUCCGGACGCAAGUGGUUCUGCCACGUGGACGACGACAACUACGUGAACCCCGAGGGCCUGAUGCAGCUGCUGUCCACCUUCUCGCCCAGCCAGGACGUCUACCUGGGGCGGCCCAGCCUGGACCACCCCAUCGAGGCCACCGAGAGGGUCCUAGGAGGGGGAACUGUGACCACGGUCAAGUUCUGGUUCGCGACCGGCGGGGCCGGGUUCUGCCUCAGCAGAGGCCUUGCCCUCAAGAUGAGCCCGUGGGCCAGCCUGGGCAGCUUCAUGAGCACGGCCGAGCGGGUGCGGCUGCCAGACGACUGCACGGUGGGCUACAUCGUGGAGGGGCUGCUGGGCGCGCGCCUGCGGCACUGCCCGCUGUUCCACUCCCACCUGGAGAACCUGCGGAGGCUGCCGCCGCGCUCCGUGCUCCAGCAGGUGACCUUGAGCUACGGGGGUCCUGAGAACCCCCGGAACGUGGUGAAGGUGGCCGGAGGCUUCAGCCUGCAGCAGGACCCCACGCGGUUUAAGUCCGUCCACUGCCUUCUCUACCCGGACACGGACUGGUGUCCUGUGACCUCACCUCUAAGUGACCCUCGACCCCUGACCCAGGGGGUGGCUCUCCGAUGAAGCCUGUGGCCUCCUGGCCUCAAUUGACUCCCCGUAGCCAGGCCGCCGGCCCAGGUGACCGGGCCCUGAGGAGUGGGCUCCCCGAGGCUUUCCCUGCGGGUUCCUGGGGGAGCGGUCCUCCCGCACCUGGCUCCGUGCCCAGCAGGGCUUCUCGGUCUGCGGGGCAGUGGCGCUCGAGGGCUGAGGCCCAGCCAGCCGUGCUCUGGGCGUCUCCACGUGGAGGCCGCGUGUUGGGGGACCCCGCGGGCAGGCCCCUCUCGGGCUCCUCAGCCAGACUCCUUCCUGGGGACCUUGAAGACACCCCUCCACUCUGCCUCAGCCCUCAGUCCUGGACUCUCCCGGCUGCAAGUCCAGGAGACAGGAGCCUGUUGUGGGCUCCCCUUCGCGGGACGGCCUCGCGCUGCCCCCCGCCUGUGCCUUCCCGGUGGUGCAGGGCGCAGCGCGGCCCUCCCUGCCUCUGGCUGUGCUGCUGCAACAAGCGAAUAAGAGUUUGUUACUUUC